AUGUUUAAGUGGUUAAGUUCAUUUAUAUAUGGUAAUAAAGAAACUAAGGAUGAAGAAUUGGAUAUAUCUUUUUAUGAGGCUAUAGAAUAUUUCCAAACUUUAACUAUUGAAGAAUUUAAAGAACAAUUUGAAAUGCAUUGUGCGCCAUGUAAAGGUCUUUUAAAAAAUUAUGGAAUUGUUCGUUGUGAAUCCAAAAAAUUUUGUUCAUUAAUUAUGAAUAAUAAACUCACACCAUAUUUCAAAGUGGAUCAAUUAUUUGAAAUAGUUUGUUUUAAUUCAUCUGGUUAUGAAAGAUGUCUUCUUUAUUUCACACCUAAAUAUCAAUCAAAUUGGACUGAAAAAAAGAUCAAAUUUAUGGAUAUAAUAAGCAUUCAUUUUAGUAUAAUUAUUAUCAAAAGGAAAAAUAUAACUUUAGAUGAGGUUAUAGUUGACUUGAAUUUCAAAUUUAAUAAUGCAAUGGAUCAAAGAAGUUUAAUUCCUAAUGAUCAUCGUGAACAAGAACCUUUAUAUAUCAUGUACAAUCCUACUUCAGCUAUAAAUUUUUAUCAAAAUAAUGAUAAUCUUUCUAAAAUGAUCCAUAUGAUUAACUUAUAUAAAUCUAAAGUUGAAAAUCAUAUUUGGGAAAGUUAUACAUUAAUAAAAGUUGUACCUAAACUUCAUCAAAAUGAUGUCGAUGUUGAUGUUGCUGGUGGAAAUGAAUUUAGUUCAAAUGAUUAUCUACAACAUGAUGAAGUGGAUUUCAAUUAUAAACCAAUUAACGAGAUUUUCUUUUUCAUCAAUACAACAGCUGAUAAACUUCGAGAUACUCAUUAUAAAGAAAUUAUCAACCCAAUUAAUUCAGCUGGUUCAACGCAUAGGAUAUAUUACGAACUACGAAAUCCAAAAGAAGUGUUAAUUCAAGUUUUGAAAGAAGAUUUCCAUGAUUGGUUUUUUUAUAUACAGGAAUUACUGAUAAACAAACAUCUCAAUAUUGCUGAGAAUGUUUAUAGAAGACCAUCUUAUUUUCGAAACUUUAGUUUUAGGAUUCAUCCAGAUUCAAAUAUAUCUGAAUUUGUUCAAGUUGGAUAUAGAUUAGAUUUAUCAAAUGAUUGUGAGCCGCUAGGUUUUUUACCUACUUAUGAUGAGAUUUCAGAUUCAGUUGUUUUAUAA